AUGGCCGACCCAUUGAGUAUCGCAGCAUCAAUCGCAGGCCUCAUUUCAAUUACUGUCGAGGCAGCCAAGUUUCUCAGCCCUUAUGUAUCGGCGGCCAAAGAAACCCCGCAGGUAGCCGCCCAUGUCUUCUCGGAAAUACAGAGUACUCAGGUGAUUUUGCAAGGACUCCAGAGCCUUACUACAAACUUCGCAUCUGUGAAAGCACAGUACGCUGCGUUGAUCGGAGUCAACCAGGUCGUUACAAUCCUGACCGAUGGUGUGCUCUUAUUCUCGGAACUGCAGAGUGAACUUAAGUCGCUGCCAGCUAAGGACGAGAGAGAGGAAAAAAUACCAAUAUGGGCGCGUUUGCAGUGGGCACGCAAGGAAGGCUCCCUCAACACACUGAUACUGAGACUGCAAAGUUUCAAGAGCUCAAUGACUUUGGUGUUGAUGAUCUUAAAAAGUGACUCCGAUCGAUCGGCGGCAGAACACCAGGAACAACUGGCCAAUAACGUCAAAGUCCUGCUCGAAACGAAUCACUCUCUAUCCCAUAGACUGAUGAGUUUAGAAGAUGCCCUCGAAGCUCAGACGAUUGUAACACAGCGGCGGAGUAUUUUAUCACUAUCCGGGCGGCUUUCUAGUCAACUUCAAGAACAAGAACCUGCACCACCGAAUCCACCAAAAUCACCACUCAGCAUCAAUACCAACAGCGGCCUACCCAAAUCCGACUUUGAGGAUGAUCUAGAGUCAUCGAGGGUGUACCGUCGCGCACAACGAGAUACGAUGGAUUUCUCCUACAGAAGCUCUAUAACGAGAUCCAAUGCCUGGUCUGUUUUCUCGGGUCUAAGUUUGGGUGACAUUUCACUCAUCUCGGUUAUUGGAUUGCCCGUUUUCCCUCACGAUAUCACGAAUGCUCAUCACUACCACUUUGGACAAGCCACCUCGAUGAAGUGGAAACCUCGAGACAGCGACUGCGUCAAAGAUACACCCAUGCCUCGAGACAUACCAAGAGUUGUGCAAGGGCACCCUCUCCUCGUCAAAUGCGACAUUCUAAAGGCCAAAAUGCUACAGAUUCCUGGAAUGAAAAUGUUUUUUGAUCAAGUGAUUUCCCCAACCGACUCAUUCCAUCACCUCUGGGAAGUCCUUGGCCAAGCAUCACCACUGGUGAUUCUCGUUCGAGCGCUGAACCCGCAGAUCGAUGUUCCUCUCCAACGAUGGAAUAAUAGUUCUCCGGAUCCAAAAGAUCAUCUUUCACCGAAAUCCAAGAAAAUAAUCACUGGAGACCACUACGGGUUUUUGAAAGUUCUCUCGACACUUUCACUUGUCAUCGAGAAGCUGAGAGCUGAAAGCAUCGUGAAUUAUUGGAGUCAUCUGGAUCUGGAUCUGGCGGAGGAAAGUAUAGGUCCCUUCGUGGCUCCCUUACCUUGCUCAGAGAGCCUAAUAAAGGUCGCAUUCGACCAACAAAGCUUUGCCCAAAAGAUGGAAGAACUCGUCCAAAUCAAAACACGACUAACCGGCGAUCUCGUAUGGGGAGAAAAUGAAGAUAUUAACGGAACCUUUGGAAGGGUCAGACAGCUCGCGGAUAUCCACAUUGACCUGCUCAUCAGAAUGGAAAGAAACCUAUUUAUAAUAGAGUCUGAGCGAAGAUGGGCAUCGGUAUUUGGAUUCUGGCUACAAAACAUUGAAACGGAAACGGUGUUCAUCAUGAAUGAACUGAGUAUUAAAGCCGAGAUACGAUCUCUCAUCUCUUCCAGACGAGGUACAGAUAAGGAUCCGACGAAGACGCUGUUGACCAAGUGCUUAACUAUUCUACCGCUUAUUACGGAUCGGGCUUCUGUCUAUACCCAUUUCCUACAUACGAUCCUUCCGAUGUCCGCCGAUCAGCGCGAAGACAUUACUUACGCGCUAUCACAUGUCCGGAAGGCCUCCAUCAAAAUCAAUGAAGCGAUCACAUUCCGUGAGGACUCAGAGUCUCAUGGAAACACUGGAGUCAUGAGGCUUCAAAGUGUAAAUUCGUGGCGGAAAGGGUUAUCCCCGGACGAGGACGGAGAGGUUGUGAGCGAUUUGGAUGAACGCAUGUGGAACUGGAAAGGUCUUCGCCCCAGCGAUUUUGGUGACUUGAUCAUACACACUUUGUUGUCGUAA